AUGAUGUCAACAACCAUGGCAAAUAGUAAUGCAACCAAGGAGGGAGUGUUCUCUGCUCCUGACGACAAAAUAAAGGGCAACACCAAGGGCGUUGCAGAACAACAUCUUUCCAUUGAACCUCGCGAUGGAAAGGACAACACAAAGUUACAAGACAUUGGUAUACUCUGUGUGUCUCCAGGAAUAUACCAGGAGAAAUUGGACGAUGAAAAAUUGGAUUCAUUGAAAUUGUCCAAGGAUAUAGAGAAAAAUCAACGUAAAGUGAUCUCAAAGUUGUCCGAUACCGUAGACACUGCAAAGGAUGCUAAAAUAUUGAACGAAGAAUCAAGGAGUAGUUUGGAUCAAAAUAUAUCGAAGAAGAGAGAGAUACCGUUGCAGAAUAGUGGCAAUUCUUUGAAAAGGAAAAAAAUACCUCGUCCUUUGAAUCUAUCAGAUAGCAACAGUAGUAGUGCUUCCAAUUCAACAACCUCCAGUCAUUUCCCUCCCGAGAGAUCAUAUACCAAGAGUGCACCUGCUCAUAUCACAAAAUUCCCACCUAGGAAAAUUACAAAACCAAGAGUUCAAUAUCUAGGUAGAGGUAACCCAAUGGGCCAAACGGGUCGGAGAAUUACACCACCAGGCCCAUACUCUAUGUAUUAUCCACAUUUUGGUCCACCACAACAACCUUACCCUACAAUGAACCCCUAUGGAUCCCCAUAUUAUAGAUUUUUCCCACCGGGAGCCUUCCCACCUUCACCACUACAGAUGUACAACCAAUUCAUGUACCCGCCAAGGACUGCAAUGCCCUACACAUCACAAUUACAAUAUUAUACAAACGAUAGGUAUAGGGAACCAUCUGCACAACAUCAAUGGUCUCAUGAAAUCCCAGUAAGUUCACGUGACCGUCAACCUGAGAGUCGGAAUCAAGAGGAAGAAGAUGAAGAUGAAGAUGAAGAUGAAGAAGAGGAACACCCAGUUGAAGAGGAUGAAAGUACAGAUUUAGCCAUCGAGGCAAAUGCUGAUAGUGCUAUUUCUACGAGCGCAACUAACAUGUCUUUCAAUUUUGGCAUGCAAGGUGAUAUUCGUCUCAUGAAUAAUAAUUUUAGAUUUGAAUUUCCCUUAACAUCACCCACAGUAGAUAAGAAACUUUUCCUAAAUAUAUGUGGGAAAAUAUGGGAUGAAAGUAGAAAAUUGAAUGACGGUGGCGAUUCAAAUUAA